AUGAGACUCGCUCACAACAACCAGCUCUGCAGUACAUGGGGUAACUAUCAUUUCAGGACUUUUGAUAGUGAUUUCUUCCAGCUUCCCUCCACUUGCAACUACCUCCUUGCAUCCCAGUGUAAGGGAAGCUAUGGCAGUUUCAAUAUUCAGUUAAAACGGCAGGAGAUGAAUGGGGUCACCACCAUUGAGAAGGUCACCAUGAAACUGGAGGGGGCCAUUGUGGAAUUAGCCAACACUUCCAUCAAAGUCAAUGAUAAACUUGUCACUAUCCCAUUCAGCCAGGUUGGCAUUUCAAUUGAAAGAACUAUCUCCUAUGUCAAAAUCGAGGCAAAGCUGGGUUUGGUUGUCAUGUGGAAUGAAAAAGACGCCCUCUGGGUUGAGCUGGAUGCAAAAUUCAAGAAUCAGACAUGUGGCCUGUGUGGUGACUUCAACGGAAUACAGGUUUAUGAUGAGUUCAUCAAAGCAGGGAAGUCUGUUACUCUUGAAUAUGGGGAGGCCUGGAAGGUCAAUGGUCCAACUGAAGAGUGUGAAGAAAUCUCCUCACCAGCCACACAGACCUGUGCAAGUGAAGUAAACUUCUGUACGAACCUGCUGUCAGGACCUGCAUUGCUCAGCUGUCAAAACCUGGUUGCUACGGACUCCUUCAUCGGAGCCUGUGUGAAGGACCUGUGCCGCUGUAAAAACAAUACUUCAUGUUUGUGUUCAACCAUAUCGGAGUACUCUCGUCAGUGCACUCAUGCAGGUGGGAAACCACAGCAAUGGCAGACAGCACAACUGUGUGCAAAAACAUGCCCUUUCAACAUGGAGCAUAAGGAAUGCAGUAGUCCUUGUACUGACACCUGCAGCAACCAAAAGAGAAGCCAUGUGUGCAAGGAUCACUGCGUAGAUGGAUGCUUCUGUCCAAAUGGGACUGUCUUUGACGACAUUACACAAAGUGGGUGUGUUGCUGUUGACUCGUGCUCCUGCUUACACCAUGGCAAGCCGUACAAGCCAGGGGAAUCAUACUCAAGGGCAUGUCGAAACUGCACCUGUACCCAGGGUCAGUGGCGUUGCAAAGAUAUGGACUGUCCUGGUGUCUGCUCUGUGCUGGGUGGCUCCCACAUCUCCACCUAUGAUGGUAAAACUUAUACUUUCCAUGGAGACUGCUCUUAUGUUCUCUCCAAGGAAACAAAUGGGACUUUCAGUGUCCUUGGUGACCUGGCCACAUGUAAAAGAUCAGAUAAAUCAACUUGCCUGACUGCAGUCACCCUACUACUGCCUAAAUACAUGAUGAUUGUAGUAGAAGCCAGCGGACAUGUUUCGUAUAACAAACUGAUCACUCAGCUGCCUCUGUUCAUGGAUGACAUUAUGAUCUUCAAACCAUCGACAUUCUUUAUUGUAAUCCACACCAACUAUGGGCUUGAUCUCGAGAUUCAGCUUUCACCCAUUAUGCAGAUCUACAUCAAAGCCAGUGUUUCCAAUAAGGGACAACUCACGGGUAUUUGUGGAGAUUUUAAUGAUGUGCAAGCUGAUGACUUCAGAACCACAAAUGGAUUAACUGAGGGAACGGCUGGGACAUUUGUCAACACAUGGAAGACCAGGACAAGCUGCUCCGAUGUGACAAACAUACUUGGGGACCCCUGCCUUUUGAGCAUAGACAAUGAGAAAUAUGCAAAACAUUGGUGCGCCUUGCUGUCGGACCCAAAAGGGAUGUUUGCAUUGUGCCAUUCUGUAAUAAAUCCAAAACGCUAUCAAGAUUCUUGUAUUUAUGACACCUGUGCCUGUGAUAACAGUGAGGAGUGCAUGUGUGCUGCCAUAUAUUCCUAUGUCCAUGCAUGUGCUGCUGAAGGUGUCUUAUUUAAUGGAUGGAGAAACACCAUAUGCGAGAAAUACACGACUGGCUGCCCUUCUACUUUUGUGUAUGGCUACCAAAUGACAAGCUGUGGUCGCACCUGCCGCUCUCUUAGUCAGUCAGACUUAACAUGUGCGGUUGAAUUUACUCCGCUUGAUGGCUGCGGCUGUGCUGAAGGAACUUACCUGAAUGAGGAGGGUGAGUGUGUGUCUGCCUCACAAUGCUCCUGCCAUGUGGGAGACACAGUGGUACGCCCCGGGCAGGUCAUCAGCGUCCAUGGACAAACCUGCUCCUGUCAUAGUGGAGAACUAAGAUCAUGCACCGAGCCAAUGGUUUUUUUCAACUGCUCAAGCGCAAAGCCAGGUGACAUGGGAUCCGAGUGCCAAAAAAGCUGCCAGACCCUGGACACAGAAUGUGUCAGUACACAGUGUAUGUCAGGCUGUGUAUGUCCUGCUGGCCUGCUAGCUGAUGGUAAAGGAGGCUGUAUUACAGAGGAGAACUGUCCCUGCACAUAUAAUGGAGAAUACUAUAAUUCUGGACAGACUGUCACUGUGGACUGCAAUACCUGCACUUGCAAAAGGAGAAAAUGGGAUUGUACACUUCGUGAGUGUGAUGGAACCUGUACCAUAUAUGGAGAAGGGCAUUACAUCACUUUUGAUGAUAAGAAAUUCUCCUUUAAUGGAGACUGUGGCUAUGUCUUCGCUAAGGAUUACUGCGGAGACGAUAUGAAUGGCAGCUUUAGGGUCCUGACUGAGAGCAUCCCAUGUGGAACAACUGAUAGCAUUUGCUCAACUGCUAUCAAGCUCUACCUAGGGAACCAUGAAAUUGUUCUUUCAGAGGAAAAUGUCAGAGUUAUCAAACAAAGCAAAGGGGUCGACAUACCAUAUCAAGUCCACACUAUGGGCAUAUAUCUUGUCAUUGAGGCAAAGAAUGGUCUUGUUCUCAUUUGGAAUAAGAAGACAACACUCAUGAUCCAACUCAAGUCCACAUUCAAGGGGAAAGUCUGUGGUCUAUGUGGGAAUUAUGAUGGAAACAUCAAGAACGAUUUUACCACCAAAAACAAAGAAGUUGUGGUUGAAGCCCUUGAGUUUGGAAACAGCUGGAAAGUGUCACCUACCUGCCCUAAUGCAAACACACUAAAAAAUCCCUGCAUGCUGUACUCACACAGGCAGCCAUGGGCAUUAAAACACUGCAGCAUUAUUAACAGCAAAGUAUUUGCUGGUUGCCACUCAAAGGUGGAUCCAAAAAACUAUUAUGAUGCCUGUGUGACAGACACAUGUUCCUGCAUCACAGGAGGAGAUUGUGAGUGUUUCUGCUCAGCUGUAGCAGCCUACGCAGCAGCCUGUAAUGAGGCCGGAGCUUGUGUGAAUUGGAGAACUCCCACAAUUUGUCCUCUGUUAUGUGAUUUUUACAACCCUGAUGGAAAGUGUGAAUGGCACUAUGAGCCUUGUGGAAAAAAAUGCAUGAAGACAUGCCGGAAUCCCUCAGGAGUAUGCUACAAUCACAUUCCAGCAUUAGAAGGCUGCUAUCCAAGUUGCCCAUCUGAACGCUCUUAUUUGGAAGAAGAUACCAUGAAGUGUGUGUCACUGGAGGAAUGUGGCUGCUAUGAUAAUGAAGGGAAGCAUUAUGAAGAAGUGCACAUCACUCCAGAGACUGCAGAUAGAGCAGAUAGCCACUGCCCUUAG